AAAUUCGCCAGUGUGAAUUAUCCGUUUUUCGGGAAGUGAAGAGAAAAAUCCCACCCGCUCGGAUUUUCUCGCCGCCGGGUACGAGUGUUCGGAUUUGAAUCGCGGUGUCAUUCGCAGCGUCCUCGAGGGUGCAGGCGGGAGCAAUAUUGCCCGUCAAAAGUGUUGGUGACAGCGAAACAAGCACCGAAUCCGCGCUCCCUCUUCAGGGGAUCAAUGUGAAGUGCACGCACCCGCAGCGGUUCUCCAAUGCAGCGCACGGGCACAUCCUGCGGUUUUCCGUAAUGUUUUUUAUCGACGGAAGCUCCAAGUGCGCCCCACAAAGCCCGCCCGAUUGCCGGUGGCUCAAUUUUGUAAAUGUGCUCUAGUGUGCCGUAAAAUCGUCGCUUUACGCCCAAGUGAUUUUUGCCUGCAUUGUGUUUCGGUUUCCCUCUCGCUCUAUCACUGGAACGAAAAAAAAAUAUGCACGCCGUUUCUCUUUCCACUGCCAAAUAUAAAAAUUAAUUUUCAGUUCGGUCGGAUUGUAUAUACUCUGGUUUUCUAUUUGUAAAUUUUACAAACCACUAUUUGUAAAUUUUACAAACCAAAUGGUGUCUAUAGCGGUUCGAAAGUGUAAUAAGACUCCGCUUUGUUUUUUUUCGUAUUUAUUGUGGAUUUCGCGCUAACUUGGUCCCUCCGUGCCGGAUCGUCAAUGCGCCUGUGGAUUACGCUGAUAUCGCGCAUCGUGUCGCAGUCAUCGCCCGUAAUUUUGACCUCCGUCUCGUCAUCCGAAUGACCGUGGGCCACUUGAAUCCGAGCGCCGAGCCCCGACAUGCGUCCUGAUCGACUCGAGUCCGCGCUGAGCUUCGCGCUCGCACUCCUCCUGAUGUUGUUCCUCGACGUCUCCGGGACGAACGACACAUGCCCCAGCGUGUGUCACUGCAAGUGGAAGUCCGGCAAACGGACAGUGGAGUGCGUCGACCGCGGACUCAUCACCAUCCCGCAAGGGAUCGACCCCGAGACCCAGGUCCUGGACAUGUCCGGCAACAACCUCCAGAUCCUCCCGCGGGAGACCUUCGCCAAAUCCAGCCUCCUCAACCUCCAGAAGCUCUUCCUCCGCAGCUGCCGGCUGGGGCAGAUCGACGAAAAGGCUCUGCGAGGUCUGACCAACCUCGUCGAGUUGGACCUGUCGCACAAUCUACUGACAUCAGUGCCAACUUUAACGCUAGCCGAUGCGCCCUCGUUACGGGAGUUAUCUCUAGCGCAGAACCCCAUUUCAAAAUUAGAUGCGAACGCCUUUCAAGGCAUCUCGGGGUUGAUCAAGCUCGACCUAUCGCACUGCGAGCUUCACAUCAUCGCUGCCAACGCAUUCCACUCGGUCGAGUCUCUUGAGUACCUGCACCUGGACGGAAACCGGCUAAGUGAGCUGAGGCCCAAAACGGUCGACGUCCUCAGCAAAUUGCAUGGAGUAGCGCUGCAUGACAACCCCUGGUUCUGCGACUGCCACCUCCGUGCGACGAAGAUCUGGCUCACGAACCACAACAUACCGUACCCGGUACCUCCGGCUUGCGAGGCGGGUCCCCAACGCCUGCAGGGCCGCACCUUCUCCGAGCUGUACGUCGACGAUUUCGCCUGCAAUCCAGACAUCAAGCUCGACUCGAGGUAUGUGGAGGGCACGGUCGGAGACAAUUCCACCAUCCUCUGCCGGGUUAUCUCCGAACCCCCUGCCCGGAUAACGUGGCACUGGGCCGGACGCCAGCUCACCAACAACUCCGCCUUCACAGUCCACCAGAGGGUCUACAUCCUGGAGGAUUCCCUCACCUCGGAAUUCGACCAGGUCAGCUCCCUCGUCAUCACGAAUUCCCAAGAGACCACGUCGGGGAGCUUCUUCUGCCUGGCGAAGAACGCCGCCGGCAGCGCCGAGGCCAACUUCACGCUGCACGUGAGCAAGAGGAUAGCCGGGAUCGCGCUGCUGGGCAACGGGCAGAUCGCCGGCCUGGGCGCGGCGCUCAUGACCCUGAUCGUCUUCAUCCUGAUCGUCAUCAUCUACCUGCUGUUCCGGAUCAAGCGGACGUCGUACUCGGACACCAAGUCCCCGGCGGCGAUCGAGAUCGUCUCGAACGGGGUGGUCGCCCACAAGGCGGCCAUCACGCCGGUCAUCGAGACGUCGUCUUUCACGGAGCGGAAGUUCCCCACCGGGAACGGGAACGAGCCGAACCCAGUGCAGAAACCGCCGCGGCUCGCGGAAGUGCCGAACCACUCGUACACGCGGACCUCAAACCCGGACCUCAUCAACGACACGCGGUCUCAGACGACGGACCUCCGGCCGGGCAGUGGCGAGUACACGCGGACGAGUGAGUGCCUGUAUCCCCAGGGGCUGUGGGAGGCGAGCCAGCAGCUCUCGUCUUCGCCGAAUGAUUUCGAUAGCAACGAUAAGACGCCGAUCAUCUCCGGUGAUAAGGGGGGGUUCCCAGUGGAGGACUUCCGGAUGAGUGGCGAGUACCCUAGUGACUUCGGGCUGCCGCAAGGCGCGGUGUCCCCGACAGGAUCAGUGCCUAGUGCCAAGACGCUGAGGGUGUGGCAGAGGGGAGUACCCGUUCUACCGCCCGUUUCGGCGCUCAAAAGGGUGCUGACGAGGAGCUCGCCCGAUGAGGGGUACCAGGAGGGUUGCGGGACGGACGUUUGAAGGGGCUGCCAGGCCUUGUUUUUUUAUACCUUUUUCGUCGCAUUCGGAGUCCCGAUUUUUCGAUGAUUUAUGAUCUUUCUGCGCACCACAUGAUCAGAGAGUUUUAUAUGUUGAAAUUGUUCCAUAGUUUGUACGAGCAAUUUUCACACCAUUUCAUCCUUCUUAAGCGUCAAUGUUCGGAGUAAACGUAUCGGACAAAUUGAAAAUGUAAGAAAAUCACCAAAAAAAAAAAUUGAAUGACUUUUAUCCAAAUACACUUUACCAAAAUUUCAAUUUAUUUGCUCCGAGUUGUUUCGCGAAACAGAAAUGUAAUAUCGAGAAAGAUACUUAAAGUGAGUUCUGACUACAGUUUGGAUUAAACACGUGAAUGGUAAUUGGCUGAAGAAGGAUGUUUUGCGUGGAGAAAAAAAUAUUAAGGGCAGAACAGGUUACAUUUCUCAAAUCAUUGAAAAAUCGCUAUUCUGAUGUUUAGUACAAUUUUUGCGACGGCUGUGAUUUUUUUGCGUCGAGACUCCGUGCUGCAGGACCCUGAAAUUCGUUCACUCGCAUCCCUCAUACAAGAGACAGGUGAUCUGUUGAAUUUUUCUCAUUUCUCUACAAUGUGAUAUUAGUUUUUAAUUUUUUAGUAGUCAGUUUAUUGUUAAGUUUUGUCAAGUCAUACCGGCAUGCAACGUUAUUCCAACUGCGAGAGGUGCGACUUCAAUACUGUUUUUGAAAACGCGACCUCAGUCACUUUUGUUCUAUCCUAUUCCAUGAUGUUACGAAACGAAGGCUAAUUUGAAUGUCACUCAAAUGGGGAAAAAAGAUCCUGAAUAAAAGCGCUUAUGGAUCAA